GCAAAACCCUAAACCUUGGCUAGGGCUAGGGUUUGUUCUAUAUCAAUGCCAUUGUUGCGCCUCCUUCAUUGUUCAGUACCAAUUUCAACCUCAAGCUCUCUGCCAAAGGAUCUAAGAAACUCUGUUGUGGUAAUCAAUAUGUCAAAGAAUCCGAAAGUUUUCUUUGAUAUUCUAAUUGGAAAGAUGAAAGCUGGGCGAGUAGUGAUGGAGUUGUAUGCUGAUGCAACCCCAAAAACGGCAGAAAAUUUUAGGGCCCUAUGCACCGGUGAGAAAGGGAUUGGUCAAUCUGGGAAACCUUUACAUUACAAAGGGUCUACAUUUCAUCGUAUUAUUCCAGAUUUUAUGUGUCAGGGGGGAGAUUUUACGAGAGGAAAUGGGACUGGGGGAGAGUCUAUUUACGGUGCCAAAUUUCAGGAUGAGAAUUUCAAUUUGAAGCAUACUGGCCCUGGAAUUCUCUCCAUGGCAAAUGCUGGACCUCAUACAAAUGGUUCUCAGUUCUUUAUAUGUACUACAAAGACACCCUGGCUUGAUGGAAAACAUGUAGUGUUUGGAAAAGUUGUUGAUGGGUACAAUGUUGUGAAGGAGAUGGAGAAGGUGGGUUCUGGAAGUGGCAGAACAUUAGAACCUGUAGUAAUAGAUGACUGUGGGCAGUUAGAGAAAUGAAAACUAUUGUUGGCAAUGGCAGAUAGCUGAGAUCUGAAUUCUGAAUUAAUAAGCGGAUCUUUUGUGACUUGUUAUAUUGGAUAUUACUAUUCAAUACAAAUUACUAGUAUUAUAAUAAGUAAUUUGUAUUGGAAGAGUUUUUUUUGUAUCAAAUAUUAUCGUGACUCCCAAAUCCCAAUUCUCUUCUGAAGUAAGGAAUGCCAUCUCUAGUUCCACAGUCCUCUGAUUUUA